AUGCAGAGGCGACAACCAACUCAACCCCCGGCUGGGCGGCGCGACGAUCUCUCUGGGACAAUGAACAUUCCUCCACCGCGACCCGAUCGAUUCAAAGCGCAGGGACUCCCUGGUGGACCCCGCCCGACGGUCAUGUCAGGGCCUGCGAUCCCCCAGGUCGCUCCCAGACCAGUAGCAAACCAAGCCCAAAGACAAAUGUAUCUUGCAGGUAUAACGCAAUCUCUUAAAGAAUUCAAUUCACGAAUGUUAAUCGCUAUGGGUUGUGUUCCAGGUGCAAACUCUUCUGCGACUGGUUCUGCGGCCCAGCUGCUUCACCCAACCUCAAGGUCCGACACACCUGAUCACCAGAUUCAUGCGGCUCUCGCAGCAGCACCGAUCGGAUACAUCGAUAAGGGUAGCCACACAUCACUGGGAGAUACACCUUACCCUCAGCACUCCAAGGCGUCUUCGACGAGCGGCCACGAUUCGUUAUCGGAAAAGUACCCGUUUGCGGAUAAUCCGUUCGUCUAUGGCCACCAUGGAUAUGCCGAGACGGACGACGAGCUGCACACGCCUGACCCACAGCGUGACAAAAAGGCUGACAAGGGUGGUCUUGUAGUAUUAUUGCAAGUUGCUCCAAGUUCUUGCGGGCCAAGGCUGACCAGUUUCUUUUGGUACAGCGCUGGAUAUCCGAUGAUCACAUAUUUUACCCAGAAACAGUUUUCUACUCUGGGAGGCUACAACCUCGGGGGCAUUAACGCGACAGGACAAAUUCCCAUAAUGCCCGGAAACUUUGGUCUCAUCGACUCCGAAACUCCCGAGGAAGCAUACACGAGGACGUCAAUUGAAGAUGGGUCCGAAUGGGACCUCGUAUUUAGCGAUGAAUUCAAUACAGACGGUCGCACUUUCUACCCGGGUGACGAUCCGUUCUGGGAAGCAGUCGAUCUGCACUACUGGGGAACAAACAACUUGGAGUGGUAUGACCCUGAGGCGGUCACAACUGAGGGCGGGUACCUCAACAUCACCAUGCGAAAGAUGCAAACACACAAUCUCAAUUAUCAAGGAGGGCUUAUUUCCUCGUGGAACAAGUUUUGCUUCACUGGCGGGUACAUUGAAGCCAACGUAUCUCUUCCUGGCAAAUCAACUGUAUACGGCCUGUGGCCUGCGUUUUGGACAAUGGGCAACCUCGGUCGCGCUGGUUACGGAGCGAGCCUGGAUGGCAUGUGGCCUUAUUCGUACGAUAGUUGCGACGUUGGUACGCUCGCGAACCAAACAGAUCCCAAGACCAACGGCCCUGCAGCGGUUCAUACUAUGGGCGACCCGAGCAACGGGGAUGAGUUGUCGUAUCUUCCUGGUCAGCGACUCAGUGCAUGUACGUGCCCGAAUGACCCGACCCACCCGGGACCAAAGCGGAAGGAUGGUAGUUUUGUUGGAAGGAGCGCACCUGAAAUCGAUGUUUUUGAGGCUCAGGUAGACAGUGGAACAUUGAUUGGUCACGUAUCUCAAUCUGGGCAAUGGGCUCCCUUUAAUCACCUAUACACUUGGUUCAAUAACUCUGACAAUCUCAAAAUCUACGAUGGAUCUGUCACGAAGCUUAACAGUUAUGUUGGUGGUGUAUUCCAACAAUCAACUUCGGCCAUUAGCGAAACCAACCAAGACUGCUACACUCAAGGUGGCGGGUGUUUCUCGGUAUACGGUUUCGAGUAUGCGCCUGGCAAUGACGGGUACAUUACAUGGGUCAACGAUAACAAGCCCGCAUGGACAAUUCGUGGCGCCGGUAUGGCCGCUGAUCCCGUCGUUGAAAUCGGUUCCCGGCCAGUUCCCCAAGAGCCGAUGUACAUCAUCGUAAACUUGGGAAUCAGUCCAAACUUUGGCGCUAUCGAUUUCGAACAUUUGCAGUUCCCUACAUGGAUGCUCGUGGACUGGGUCCGUGUGUACCAACCAAAAGGAAAGAGAAAUAUUGGUUGCGACCCCGAAGAUUUCCCGACGUCAACUUAUAUUAACAAGCAUAUCGAGGCAUACACGAACCCCAAUUUGACGACUUGGGUUGAUGACUACAGGCAACCCAUCCCCAUUGACCCCCCAAACGACCUUUAUUUUCAGUACAAAGCACCAAAUACAAUCACAAUCGCGUUGCCUCCAGUGUUAAACCUUGAUCGAUUCAACUCAUAUGCACCAUAUGUUCAGAAGCUUGAAAUCUACACCUCAAAUGGCGAUUCAAUAUUUUAUGACCAGAUAACACUCUCCAACUGGACACUAUUGUCGAAACAUUCCCAACGCUAUACGCUUCUUCCCAAUCUAUCCCAACUUACUCUAACGUCGCCUUGCGGAAGGGCGGACGAGACUGAAUUAUUUAUAUGGGCUAUGACUUUCAUGUCACCCGGGCUUACCACUCUUCGUGUUAGCCCAGACACAAGCGUUUGCCAACACCUAUCCCUCUCAUUCGCAAGCACUCUUGCGCGACAUGCCAAAUCCACCUGUCCGAAUUUGCACACACUAUCUCUUGUGUCUUCCGGCGUGGAGCGAACACGAACUUGGAGUUCCAAGUCCACGCAACUAUCCUCGGCGUUCGCAAUUUGGGAGCCAUCCUAUUACCAGUGUAUCUCAACUAUGCCUCUCCGUGAAUUGUGUUGUGGCGCGGGCAUUCUGCUCCCCUCCAAUAUCUGUUUAGUUGGCCAGCUGGCCUGCUUGGAGCGAUUGGAACUGUAUUGCCGAUCUGAGUCGCUAAAUCAGAGCCUCGCACAACUAGGACCAGAAUUUUUGCCGUUGUUAAACGAACUCAGCUUGGUUGCAAUGUACUGGUCAGAUAUUACCAGCGUACUUGAGAUGGACAUAUAUUCUAGAGUGAAGUCUUUGUCAAUUCGUAUACUUGGCCUCGACCAAGAAGUAGAAUUAUCCGACGACGAAUCGUCAAUAGACUUGGAGCCGAUAGUUCUCUAUACGCCUGCACUCAUCAAACUCCAGAUCGAUUUUGGUGGUUCUUUUGCGCCUCGUGAUGCAGCCGCGCUCCAGGUGUUGGACGCUCUGUCACUUCAAGACUUAACUCUGGUGAAUGUGUCGCUGUCCCAUGGAGCGCUUGAAAAGCUCCCCUUAAUCUUUCCCCUGGCCCAUACAAUCAGGAUCCCCCAAUGUGAACUCAACCUAGAGGAUUUACAAUGUUUUUCUCAAAGCUCGGAGCUUGUUCAUCUGGCUGUGGAUUUAUCUAUAUUACCGCCUGGCUCGAGAUCUCCACUUCAGCCGAGUUCUGGGUCCCAAGUUGCUUCCAAGUUCCGAACUCUGGAGAUUAACGCAUUGUCUACUACUACCAUGAUGGUUGAUCUGUCUCCCCUUGCUCGGUGUGUAAUGAUUUCGGUCUUUUUGCUUUCUGGUUGA